UUCAAAGUUAUCGGAAACAUGUCAAAUAAAAUAAGCGAAUAUUUUGCAAACGAUCCGCCCAGUUUCUUCGAUGAGCUGGCUAGUAAACCAAAGUCCAAGGACUUGCCAGCAGAAGGUGGUGCUUCUAGCAACAACAGCAGUUCCACUUCCGGCACUAACAUGAUGUCCAGCACCUUCACCGGAUUUUUCCAGCCACCUGAAUAUGUUGAGACACCUGAGACGGGCGAGGAUUCCAUAAAAGUCACCGAUGAGGUGAGAAAUCUCUGGGAGUUGCCGCGGGAAAACGAGGCGGGCAAACUCAUAAUGCCGGGAAUUCACCUGCAAAAUGAUUUGGCCGAUCCCAUCAGCGUAGCAGUGACCCAACAUUUGGGAGAAGCCGAGUUGUCCCACCGCAAAAUCCUUCGAGUCGAUGACGUCACACAGGACGAGCGCGGAUUGAGAACACUGAUUCAUGCCGGUUGCUAUCGCACUGCUGUCAAUCUAACUGGCCGCUUAUUAACCAUCUAUGGCCAGGGUUACGGAAGAUCCGGUCAGCCGGCCAAACACUCGCCGCACUCCCUGCAGCUGUGGUUCACCCGCCUCGCGCUCCUCGCCAAACUGGGCGAGUUCGAGCUGCUGAACACUGAGGCUGAGCCCUUUGGCCAGCUGAGAAGUGCCGACGUCUUCUACGACUUCUAUCCGGAGAUGUACAGCGGCAAAAGCGGAUCCAUUGCCUGCUUUUCGUUCCGCCUCCUGCUGGCCGAGCUGCCCAUUUAUCUGGGUAAACCGCAUAUCGCCUUGGACAGACUCUCGGAACUCCAUGUGACCAGCAGGGAGAUCAAGGAGCACUAUUCAAAUCAGCGCAACAAGACGGCCGAGGAAUUUUGGCAGAGGCGUUGUGAAAGGGUUUUGCAUUCAAUCAUCAACUGUGGAUUGAUGAUGAAGAAAUUCAGUAUGAUAGACGACAUAAUGGAGGGAACCCUUCUGAAGCGCUCUAACUUGAGCAAGGAGGACCAGCGAUCAUUGUAUUCGGCUUGGGGACGCAUUUACCUACAAAUUGGUGAUAUUUUUGGAGCAGAACAAAAGUUUGCCGUUUCAAGAAGAUUGCGGGAAAUAAACUCCUCGCCAGAUCUGAGAGACCUGGUGGACAAAGGGCUAAUAGCUGUGGCCAAAAACGAUUUUCCCGAGGCCUAUGUGAUAUUCCAGAAGGCUCUGCACCUGGAUACCGGCAAUACAAUGAUCCUGAACAAUAUGGGAGUGUGUCUUCUGUACGCCGGAAAGCUAAAGGAUGCUAUCAACCUGUACGAACGCGCUAUUAACCUGAAUCCCCAAAAGUCACUGAACGAGAGCUUGCUGGUCAAUCUUUCGACUUUGUACGAACUGGAAUCGAACAACUCCAAGGCGAAGAAGUAUAACCUGCUGCGGCUAAUUAACCGAUACAAACCUGAUCUCAACAUUAGCAUAGAAAUUUGUCUAAAACUGCAGACGAUAAAUUAAAGUUAAUCAGUUGUUAAACAUUCCAAAAAUAAAAAAUACUUAAAUUUAAAAGUAUAA